AUAGAAGAAUAGAAAAGAUCCUUCUAAAUACUCCAAUUAUCAGUGAUAGUAAAUCAAUACGUAUAUGCAACAGUAAACGGCUGGUUUUUCCUAAAUAAUAAAAAUAAAAACUGUUUAGAGUACGCUUUAUUAGCGCUUGUACUAGUACUACCACGAGUUACAAAUGUUUUCUGAACUCUACUGGUAUUCAUAAGCAGACGAGUUAAAAUUAUUGUUUUUGUUUUUCGAGUACUGAAACCUCACAGUCCAUCGAUUUAACAAGGAGGACAGGUUUGUCUAACAAACAAGCUCUUGUUGACUCAAAUUUGUGUUGAAGCAAAAGCUACAACCUGUGAUAUUAAGCAACAGUGUUGUUGUUUUUCAUUGCUGUCUUGAGGGAAAGUUUUGGAACUUAAAAUCUAAUUCCUUAUUUUAUAAUAGUUGAAGGCUUCACUUCUCUUCCUAACAAUUCAUGCUAAGCGAAGUACUCCAGAUUCGUUGGCAUUAUGAUGCCGACAAUGAUUAUACUCCAAUAUACUCGGCAGACUUUCAACAUUCUGGAAGAAUAGCUACUUGUGGAGGUGAUAACAAUAUACGAAUUUGGAGACUCUACAGAGAGAAGGAAUCGUGUUCUCCGAAAGUUGAGUAUUUAUCGACCCUCAGCCGGCAUUUACAAGCUGUAAAUGUUGUGAGAUUUGAUCCGACAGGUGAAAGGCUUGCCUCUGCUGGAGAUGAAGGAAUUGUCUUUAUCUGGGUACCGUCUGACAAGCCCAUAAAUACGAUAUCGACCAAUAAUGAGGACAUGGAAAUAGCAAAAGAGUUUUGGAGAGUAAAUGUUGUUUGCAGAUCUCCAUGCGCCGAGACUUAUGACCUUAGUUGGUCUCCUGACGGAAAUUAUAUCGUUACUGGUUCUAUGGAUAACAUUCUACGUAUAUAUAAUGCGAAUACAGGUCAGUUACUAAAAGAGUAUCACGAUCACUUGCACUAUAUCCAAGGUGUAUGUUGGGAUCCUUUCAAUGAAUACUUGGUCAGUCAAAGUAGUGACAGAAGUAUUUGCGUCUAUAAGAUUGCCAAGACAACCCUUAAUACGAGUUCGAUUGAUCUCACUCACAAGACGAAGCUUUCACGACUUGAAUACCCGUCCAGCCUUCAAGGACCAGAACAGGAAGAAGAUGCUUCCUGUAACAUACAACCAAAGGAUAGUCCUACUGAAUCUAAGAAAAGCACAUCACUGUUUCAUGGAGAAACCCUGGUAACCUUUUUUCGACGACCGGCGUUUUCACCGGACGGCAGUCUUCUAAUAACGCCCACUGGUGUUUAUAAAGACCCUAACCAAAACAAAACCGAUACUUCAAAUUCGGUACAUGUGUUUACUCGCAGUGGUUUAAAUUCUCAACCGGCCAUCACUCUGUCGGGAUUCAAUAAACCGGCUGUAGUAGUUCGGUUCUCCCCCAUACUAUAUACACUUAAACAAACACAGGACGUAUCGAACUCUGUUCUUGAAGUGCCAUAUUACAUGGUUUUCGCAGUUGCAACACAAGAUGCCGUGUUCUUUUAUGAUACCCAGUCUAUGCGUCCGUUCUCUUGUGUUGUUAAUCUUCAUUACUCAACACUUACAGACCUCGCUUGGGAUGAAUCUGGUCGGACUUUGUUCAUUUCUUCGUUGGAUGGUUUUUGUUCAACAAUUAUGUUCGACGAUGAUGAGCUUGGUAUACCACUACCAAAUGCCCACGUUUAUCUCCCUCAAAAAUUGCAUGAUAAGUCAAAUUCCGGCCUUGAGGCAAAAACCAUGACCGAGCCCACGAUACUAGCAAAUUCAUCAAAUGCUCAAACAAUACAAACCAAAAAGGGACCAAAAAAGAGAAUUGCUCCAACGCUAAUAUCUAACUAAAUAUUAAAACAUUGCGAGAACCAUCCUAGACGUCAUUAUUUCCAUUAUUUUGCA